AUGACAUCUAAUUGUGUACGACGAGUUCUUUUACCAAUUGAUGGUAGUGAACAUAGUAAAAGAGCAGUGAAUUGGUAUUUGUCAGAAUUUAGUAGACCAGAUGAUUUUGCCUAUUUCUUUCAUGUGGUUGAAGCAAAUUACUCCAAGUCUACUGCAAAUGAGACACAUGAUCAUGGAAAAGAGUUAAAUAUUAAUUUGGAUAAAAAUAUUAAAAUGUAUUCAGAAUUAGUCAUAUUCAAAUGGAAUAUGUUAUGCAAAUUGGAAGUAAACCAGGUUACCAGUUAGCUUUACAUCAAUAUUAUCAGUCUGCUACAAUCAAAUCAUCUAACAAAGAACAUAUUUGCUGUUUAACCUGAGUUCAAUUCAGAGAAACAGUAUCAACAUGGAAUCAACACUUGCAUUAAGAUAAAAUUAAACAGCUCUUUAUUGUUAAUUUAAUUCUGAGUAUAUUUUAUACAAUACCGACUCUCCAUAGACGUCACACUCAUUCCACUUCAACUAACCAGUUAAAUUUUAUUUUUCAGUUAUGUAUACAGAAUACUGUUCACGUAGACAUAAUUUAGUCUGGUCGAUAUGAAAUCUUGUUUCAGAUAUGAAAACUGGAUAAAAAUAAAGAGAAUUCAGUGAAGAAAACUUUCUUUUCGACGAAAUCACUUACUUGAGCUGUACAUUCGUGCUUAUAGUUGUAUGGUAAAUAUAUGUUUAUAGAAGGAUGGAAAAGACUGCAUCAUAAAGCGAUUCGAGACUCCAAUUAUGGAAUGAGGCUAAGCAAUAAUCAGGGGAUUAGAGAAUAAUAUAAGCA